GGGACGCUAGCAAUCUGACAGGCAGCUAGCUACAGCAGAGUAACAGCCUGGCAAUUACAGCGGCGACGUAUCAGGAGAGGGUGGUUACCGAAACUAAUCAAAGGGUCGUCCAGCACCUGAACCAUCAAUCGGGUUUAUGAGUUAAGGCGAUCAAUCAGGCUGCCGUUAACCUUCGGAAAAAACGCUGAAGUGUAAUUCACCGUCAACGGGUUUUUUUCUUUUCUUUUUCUUGUUUUUACUUAUUAUCCGUGACAACAUGGCUGAAUGUAACGUUAGCAUCGACCAGAAUAAACUACCUGGAGUGAAAGAGGUGUGCCGAGACUUUGCCGUGCUGGAGGACCACUCCCUGGCCUAUAACCUCCAGGAACAAGAAAUUGAGAGCCACUUGGCCUCCAAUGUCUAUAAGAGCCGUCUGGUGCAGAACGACCUGCAGGUGGCCAAGAAGCUCCAAGAGGAGGAGGAUGAGAGGGCCAAGAUCAAGACUCAGAAAGAGAACGUUGCCAUCGAGCGGCAAGAUAACGAGAUCGCCCAGGAGAUUCAGGAGGAACUGGUCCGACAGGCAGAGCGACAGCGACAGCAAGAAGAGAAAGAUGCGGCCAUCGCUCGUAAGCUGCAGGAGAAGGAGAUGAAAGAGGACAGGAGGAGACAUAAGCAGCUGGAAACGCGCUUUGAUGAAGAUCAUGGAGCUGCAAGAAGACCUCUAGACUUGGACAAACCCAGACAUCACACACCGACGUCCCCCGGGCGAUACGAUGCUCCGGUGAGCUCACGUCGAGAUUACUCUCCAGAUUAUAGUUCAACAGAACCUAAAAGGAGCAGACACCCAAAACUGGAUGCUGCAGCACCCCGUGGUCGCUCCAGAUACCCAGAAGGCUAUCUGCUGGGAGAAGGAGGCCGUAGCAGGCACGCAGAUCCUUUUCCUGAGCACCUGAUGCACAACAGAGGCAAACACGGGGACAGGUAUCCAGAGCACGAGCCCUCACAGACUGGCAGAGCCAGGGAUUUAGGAUACGAGGACACAGAGAGAGUGGUGAGGAGGAAAGAGAGGCCAGCUAGACCACCUCCAGUACAAAUUCCUAAAGAGAGGGACAAAACGUGGGUCAGAGAGCAGAACAGGCAGUACGACCGAGACGGAGGCAGAGAACCGGAAUAUGAGAGGUAUACUGCAAGAGACCAGAGGAGGGACAGAGAUCGGAGGAGGGACAGAGACCAGGACCUCAGGUGGGGAAGAGCAGAGGGGCGGGACGGAGAAAGAUCCAGAGACAGAGGACGAAGUUUGGACAGAGAGCUAGAGGGACACGGACAUCGAGAUAAAGGAAGACAAAGAGCGAGAACCCGGAGCAGGGAGAGAGGACUCGAAGAGGCCUUUGUGGAGCCAGCACACAGCCGGGACCGGCUGAGGGAAGGGAGGGCUUCCUGGGAGGGGGAAGAGGAGGAUUUUGAGAGGACCAGGGGACGGCACCGUGUCCAGUCCAGCCCCAAUGAGCUGUUUGGAGAUCAUAGGGGCGAUGAAGGCAGAGGAGACAGCAGGGAGUUCUGGGACCUCCAGCAGGGGGAGGGUCGUGGCAGGGAACGCAGUCAUAGUCAACCCAGCGGAGAGACAGGUUUAAAUGACCCAAACACAGCGAACAACACCAGUGGAGAUGCACUGCAGCCCUUUAAAGGUCGUAUUGCGCACCGUGGCGGCGGGUCAGUAAUGCCAGAGACUGAGUACGGACUGAGUGAGGCCACCAAGGGUUUGACCAAGCUCGAUCUGCGCGAGCAAGAGCUGAAGGACCUGGAGGUGGCCAGGAAACUGCAAGAGGAGGAAAUUAAGGCGAGCCAGAUGCACGUGCGUGCAGCCCAAGUGGCACAAGACGAGGAAAUCGCCCGACUGCUGAUGGAGCAGGAGAAAAAGGAGUACAGGAAGAAUCGCGAAUGGGAGAAAGAGAAGGAGCGGGAGAGGCUGGCCAUGGAAAGGAUGGCAGUGGAGAGGAGGCGGCAAGAGGGAGACUACAGGCCAAACUCCGAGGACGUUGUCCGGCCCAGGACACGAGAGGAGUACGAGUACCAAAGGCAGAAGAACUACAAGCCUCCGAGGCCUCCACAGCCGCGCACACAUGACUAUGAGAAUGUCAGUCCUGGCUACGUCUACCCAGAUCACCCUGCUGCCCCUCGCGCUCCAGCCAGACCUGAUCCAACUUACAGAGGUGCCCAUCACAAGCGGUGACUCAGGCUCUCGCCCGUGCGCACACAUGCUGUCAGUCCUCCUGUGUGUGUGUGUUUAUCUUUUAUUUUCACCCAUUCACACUCUGUUGGCCAGAAUCCUUCGGACAGUCAUGAGUUGGCAGUGGGAUUUUUUUUUUUUUUUUUUUUUAAUAUCCUCCAAAGUUGAGGAAGUGGAUGUGUGAGUGCUAGAAAUACUCAUCUUUUUUUUUAAUGAUCUGUAAAAUGUGAUUGCAUAUUUCUUUGAACUGAUGUGACAUUAAGCCUAGCCAAAAGAAAUCUCCCAUGAUUCUUUGCUGUGUAAAUGAAGGAACUGCCCCCCUGCUGUGGUCAUUGUGUGCCAUCAAAGGGCUUAAAGCCUCUGCUGGAUGUAACAGUUCCUCGAGACUCUUCAUGGGACAUGCCUGUCUGGUCCACUGUGGCUGUUACAGUGUCUUAGAUACCAACGUGGCAGCUUCUUUGUUACAGCGUGCUGCGCCUCUGUUCUCGCCGUGCUGUGCAGCGAGGCCCUGUGAGGGCUGCCCAUGUGCCACACAGCCUUUGACUCUGAAGGGGAUGCAUUAUAUUUUGUUUUAUUUGCUGUAAUUAUAAAACAAAGCCUUGAUUUCGGUGCUGGUAGCUCUGGCUUUCAUAUGUUUCCCACCUUGUUCCAGCGCAGAAGAGGUGGAGCUUAGCGGCGAUCCGUGGACAUCGAUCAGCUCGAUGUGUUUGCGGUUUUUUUGCUUGUGAGGGGAACUUUUUUUUUUUUCCACUUAACCCUGUCUUUCUUAAACUGUAGUGGUAUGACUGUAUAUGACUUACUGUUUCUAUGUGCAUGCUUACUGAGAGUGUACAGAUGUGUACAUGCAUCUCAGCUCUGUAUCAAUAUUAACUGGCUCCCUCUUUAUUAUCAGAAAGGGCUAAAGCUGCAAACAGCCAAUAAUAAUCUCUCUGUAGAAACUAAAUAUGUGCUCACAUAUACUGCUGUACAGUAUUUCAGUCUUCUGCCAAUAUUUCAUAUGAGCUUGUCAUUUCCAGCUGGCCCAUAAAAGAACCAGUACCAAAUGAAAUGCAUGUUGCCUGUGUCAAACCUGAGUUCAUGCUCAGACGCUGUGUGUAAAUCUGCGUUCUUGUUUUUUACAUUCGACCAAAUCAUGUGGAAACUGUUCGGUUCUCCCUCCAUGAAACUUGUAUCCUGCUCGUUGUCUUUAUUGAGAAAGGGAGCUUUAUAUUUAUUUUUGUAAAUUUCUUUUUUCCUCACAUUGUUUCCUUAGUUUUCAUUGGCCAAGCUUCCCCGCUGUCACUUCCAGGACUGUCCGGUCUCAUACUUCCUGCUUGCAGAAAGGAGAAAUUCUAGUGUUUUGUUUUAUAUUUCUUCAGGUCCUGAUAUUUUUGGCUAUGAGAGGGAAAAAACGGAUAAUGAAGAGCACAUUGCUGAAAUGUUUGUGAUUGCCACACAAUGACUCACUCAUUGAGCAUUUGGUGCUGCGUAGAGUUUUUGCUUUGUAAUAAAUGUUGCUGAAAUUAUAAAUCUGCGUGGAGAACAAGCCCCUGUGCUGUACGCAGAAACUCUUCUCUCGUAGUGCGUUGAACAAACAUGCAACUGUCAUUGAACUACAGUGUGUGCUACUUGCUGUUGACAGAAUGAGAUGUGCCAUAUACGUGUUGUUUUUCAGGGACUUUACAAAUUGGAGCGAUUAAAAGUUGUGGUUGUAGCGGAGCUAGCGCACCCACUGUGGUGGGUCUCCCUAAUUUAUUCUUUGAUGAGAACGCCACCUAGUGGACGUGCUUCCAGUUGGUGAGGGUACAGAUCACAGUGAUGUGUAUUUGUGUAUGUUGUGCUUCAGAUAUGACUUUACUUUCAUGUGUUGUCUGUUUUCUUUGAUUUAGGGCUUUAUGCAAUCUACCAAUCAUGAAUCAACAUGUUGGACUUUUAAAGUAAAAUGAAUUUAAGUUGCUUUUACUUGUAGCAUCUCAAAAUGUAAUAAAUUGCAUCAGCAUUUACACCAUGAA